UGCUCAAAGCAAUAUUGGAGGGAGAAGCAGAAUUGCAAGUUUUCAGCCUUAAGAAGAUUUCUGCAACCAUGGCAUCUGAAUGCACCAGCAAUUUUACUACUCUGCCAGGCUGUGCAGACCCAUUGACAAAAUGCAAAGCUAAAGAUUUCUUACAGGUGCAACUGUAUUCCUCUGUCCUUUACGGCCUCAUCUUCCUGCUGUGCUUCCCAGGGAACAUAGUGACAAUUUUCGUUUACUUUGUCAAGAUGAGGCCCUGGAAAAGCAGCACCAUAAUUAUGUUAAACCUGUCUGUCACUGACCUGUUAUAUGUAGCCACCCUCCCUUUCUUUAUACACUACUCUGCCAAUGGAAAUAACUGGGUUUUUGGAGACUUCAUGUGCAAGUUCAUUCACUUCUGUUUCUACUUCAACAUGUACAGCGGCAUUAUCUUUCUCAGCUGCUUCAGCAUCUUCCGCUUCUUCGUAGUGGUCUACCCAAUUAAAUUCCUCUUCUUUCAAAAGCGGACAUGGGUAGUGGUGACUUGCGUGGUAGUUUGGGCCAUUUCCCUGGUGGCCAUCAGUCCCUUGGCCAUCUUGAUUGCCACCAAGCAUAAGCAGAACAGGACAAUCUGCCUGGAUCUGGCUUCUGCUGAUGACCUUGUCACCAGUCGCUGGUACAACUGGCUGCUGACUGUCUUGGCCUUCUUCUUGCCCUUGCUGACAGUGACUCUGUGCUAUGUGCUCAUUAUUCACACCUUGGCCACGGGGCCCCACACACAGGCUUGCUACAAACAAAAGGCUCGCAGACUCGCUCUUGUCCUCUUGGUGGUCUUCUAUGUGUGCUUCCUUCCCUUCCACAUCUUGCGAGGGAUGUUCUUGGAGUUCCGGGCACGGGCGGUUAGCUGCCAGGUGAGGAACACAACCCGUUUGCUGUUGAUCAUAGCGAAACCUUUAGCAGCACUCAAUACUUUUGGAAACUUACUGCUCUACGUAGUGACAGGAGACAACUUCCAGCAGGCAAUCCUCUCACUCCUCAAGCUUCAGACAAAUAAGAACUUGCAGUAGAAGAGGUUGGUGACAUCACAGAAUUACAGAGGAAAGGGUCCAAACUUGUUGCCAAUCAGUCAGGCACACUCUCCCUAAUAGCAAUACUCAGGUUAAUCUUGCCAAUGCCAUAGGAGAGUGUCUGUGUUUUGGAGUUACUAACAUUGAAAGAGAAAACGUAGAAUUUAAAAGAAAAAGCUUUAAAUAAA